AUGAACGCAGCAGCAACCGAAACAGUGAACGAAACGGUAAGUCAGGCCCAGUCAGGCGGCCCCCGGCCGGAGGACAUCAUCAUCUGUCGGGACGUCCACAAGUGGUACGGCGGCUACCACGCCCUACGGGGCGUCACAACGAGAAUCCGCCAGGGCGAGACCGUGGUGAUCAUCGGCCCCUCCGGGUCCGGCAAGUCCACCUUCCUCCGCACCCUCAACCAGCUGGAGGAACACCAGCAGGGCGAUAUCAUCGUGACGGCGUGCUCCUCAACCGCGAUACCCGCAACAUCGACGCCGUGCGCCGGAACAUCGGGAUGGUCUCCCAGGACUUCAGCCUCUUCCCCCAUAUGUCCAUACUGGACAACAUCACCCUCGCCCCCUGAGGGUCCUGAAGGAAGGCCCCCGGGAGGCACGGGAACGGGCCAUGGAGAUCCUCAACAGGGUCGGGAUCCCCGAGCAGGCCGGGAAGCAUCCCCACCAGCUGUCCUCCGGCCAGCAGCAGCGGGCGGCCCUCGCCCGGGCCCUCGCCAUGAAGCCCAGGAUCAUGCUCCUGGACGAGCCGACCUCGGCGAUGGACGGCGAGAUGGGGGAGGUCCUGGAAGUCAUGCGGGAGCUCGCCCAGUCCCGGAUGACCGUGGUGGCCGUCACCCACGAGAUGGGCUUUGCACGGCAGGCCGCCGACCGCAUCGUUUUCUUCGACGAGGGCCAGAUCGUCGAGGACCUCCCUCCGGAGGAGUUCUUUCAGAACCCAGGGCACAGCCGGGCCAAGCGGUUCUUGGAAAAGAUACUCUAGUAAUACAACGACGGUUCAUCCGACCGGGUGAUUGUCGCGACCGAUUUGGACCUGAACCGUACUGCCAUGAACGUACCGCGCUUUCUCGCUCGUGGCCGAAUACGAAGGAUCAGACACCCUAUUUGGCAAUCCCUCGUUGUAAUACUAGGGGCGGUGGGCGAGAAUCAGGAUACCGUCGGAAACACGGGUCUGAAGGGCCUGGGCUGGCACCUGCAAUUACCUGA